AUGUAUCUCCUUUUUUCAUUCUUGACAAUACACUAUCUUUCCUCUCUCUCUCUCUCUCUCUCUCUCUCUCUCUCUCUCUCUGUUCAUAUCUAUCUAUCUAUUCUGUUUAUAUCUAUCUAUCUCUCUAUCUAUCUAUCUAUCUUUGUCGGUUCAUAUCUAUCUCAGUCAGUUCAUAUCUAUCUAUCUAUCUAUCUAUCUAUCUAUCUAUCUUUGUCGGUUCAUAUCUAUCUAUCUCAGUUCAUAUCUAUCUAUCUAUCUAUCUAUCUUUGUCGGUUCAUAGCUAUCUAUCUAUCUAUCUAUCUUUGUCGGUUUAUAUCUAUCUAUCUCAGUCAUCAGUUCUAUCUAUCUAUCUAUCUAUCUAUCUAUCUAUCUUUGAUCAUGCCUAUCUGCAAGAAUCACACUGACAGGAUAACUGAUUUUUCAUAUCUAUCUAUCUAUCAGUCUGUUCAUAUCUAUCUAUCUAUCUAUCUAUCUAUCUAUCUAUCUAUCUAUCUUCUGAUACCUGACCCAUGCCACAUAUUAAACACAUCACCACCUCUUUUCUUUUUUUCCUUCUGUCAUCAUAGUCCCAAAACCAAUAUACAAUGUCGUUGCUUUUCUUUUCAUUUCCUCCCCGAGAAGCCACUUGUUCCGUUUUUUUUAUAUUUUUUAUUCCCUGAUCGACAGCGCAAUGAACAGUUUCUUUUCAAAAAUCUAUAA